UCGUUUUCUUUUUUGUUGCUGCUGCGAUCAGCCCAACCGACUGGGAACCGACAAUGAUGUCUGAGCAGGAGGCUGUGAAAUGCUCAAGUGCCCGAAACCGAGGAGGUGUACAGAGGGUAGAAGGCAAACUUCGGGCCAGUGUGGAAAAGGGGGAUUACUAUGAAGCCCAUCAAAUGUAUCGUACUUUAUUCUUUAGGUAUAUGUCACAAGGCAAACAUGCAGAAGCGAGAGAGCUAAUGUAUUCAGGAGCCUUGCUCUUCUUCAGUUAUAACCAGCAAAACAGCGCAGCAGACCUCUCAAUGCUGGUGUUGGAAUCACUGGAAAAAUCAGACACAAAGGUAGCAGAUGAAAUUUUAGAGCACUUGGCGAAGCUGUUCAGCCUGAUGGACCCGAACUCCCCAGAGCGAGUGGCGUUCGUGUCCAGAGCCCUGAAGUGGUCCAGUGGCGGUUCUGGCAAGCUGGGGCACCCCAGGCUGCACCAGCUGCUCGCUGUCACGCUGUGGAAAGAACAAAACUACAGCGAAUCCCGCUACCACUUCCUGCACUCCUCUGACGGCGAGGGCUGUGCCAAGAUGCUGGUGGAGUACUCGGCGUCGCGGGGGUAUCGCAGCGAGGUGGACAUGUUCGUGGCCCAGGCCGUCUUACAGUUUUUGUGUUUAAAAAAUAAGAGCAGCGCCUCAGUGGUCUUCACCACAUACACACAGAAACACCCUUCAAUAGAGAGGGGCCCUCCCUUUGUACAGCCCUUGUUAAAUUUCAUCUGGUUCCUGUUACUCGCAGUGGAUGGGGGUAAGCUAACCGUUUUUACAGUGUUAUGUGAACAGUAUCAGCCAUCAUUGAAAAGGGAUCCUAUGUACAAUGAGUAUCUUGACCGAAUAGGACAGCUCUUCUUCGGAGUUCCUCCCAAGCAGUCGUCAUCAUAUGGUGGAUUGUUAGGUAACCUGCUCAACAGCUUGAUGGGGGCUGGAGAGGAGGAAGGGGAUGAAGCCCAGGAGGACAGCAGCCCUAUUGAGCUGGACUAAAGCAGGGCUGUGCUGGAGGGGUUAAGGCUGCAUGGAUCAGACAGGUUACUCUAAUAAAAACAAGGCCAUUCCAGGCUGGCUUCACUGCAUCUGGAAGAAAGGACUGGUGUUUUUGUUUUUUUAGCUUGUGGGCUUGAAUGACUGGCAGUUAGUGUAUCUGGGACUUGGACACCUGACAUGAGAGGAAAACUGCAUAAAUAAAAAAUCAUCGGGGGGAGAUGUUGGUGGUGGGUCUCCCUUCACAAUCUGGAAAAAAAAAAUUGUCGGUUUAUGUUAUUUUGCGUGUGGAAGAGAACACCUGUACACAUACAGACCUGACGUUUCUGCAGUUCUAUUUUAGGACUGAUCUACAGUUGGGGUUUGCUCAUAUGAAAAAGCUUAAAUGUUUUUGGAAUCCCAUAGAUCCACAGGCUGAUUGUGAAGUCGGCCUUUGUUUUGCAAAAACUAUUCUGUUGCAAUAAAGAGUUUGGGUGUGA